UCAGCAAGGAUCUGAUGUAAACAAGGGCGAUGCCAUGGGUUGGACUCCAUUUAAUGCUGCAGUUCAAAAUGGUCAUCUACUAGCGGUCGAGUAUCUCAUGUCUAAGGGGGCGAAGCAGAACACAUGCGACGGGAUGACCCCAGUCUACGCUGCAGCGUAGUUUGGUCAUUUAGACAUCAUCAAAUUCUUCAUAUCAGAUGGAGCUGUUGUGAACGAAGAAGAUGAUAAAGGGAUGAUUUCUCUCCACGGUGCCGCUUUUGGAGGCCACAUAGAUGUCAUGAAAUAUCUAAUUCGGCAAGGUUCUGAUGUCAACAAGAAUGAUUGCAGAGGUCGGGCGCCAUUACAUGCUGCAGUCAAAAACGACCAUUUAGAAGUUGUCAAUUUUCUCUUGGGGAAAGGAGCCGAGGGCACCACAUUUUACGGUUUGACCCCGCUUUACAUCGCAACACAGUCUGACCACAUCGGUGUGGUAAACUUCCUAGUAUCCAGCGAAUAUAAUGUUAACGAAAGAAAUGAAUGCGGCAAGUCCCCUCUUCAUGCAGCAUGUUACAAUGGCAACAUGGAUAUCGUGAAAGUUCUCGUUCAGCACAACGCUAAUGUCAAUGAACAAGAUGAUGAUGGAUGGUCACCACUCCAUGCUGCUGCACAAGAAGGACACCAAGACAUAGUCGAUUUCCUUGCGUUGAAUGGAGCAGACAAGAACGUGAAGGACAUAGAUGGUUUUACACCCCUUCACGCAGCUGUAAAUGCCGGCCAUAUAAAUGCAAUAGAAGGCAUCGCAUCAUGUUUACAUGACCCUGAUGAAGAAGAAACAGGAGAUCCACGAACCGGAGGUCACCAGAAUAUCAGCAAUAGAGGAUAUGUGACGGUAACACUGAAUAAUGUAGACACGCAUUCACGUGGAACGUUAACAUCUCAGGUAGACAAUGAAUGGGAGGGGAAUGACUGCAUUCAAGCUGAUAUUACGAAGAGAGGAGCUGGUGGACUUUCCUUGCAGAAUCUUUCCACAAGGACCCAUGGUGCUGAAAAAGAUGCAACUGAUCCAAACGAAAACGAAUACCGCUACCAACGUAGAGGUGACCCGAAUAAGGAAGAUACCGGACAUCCACUAUCCGGGGGCCACCACAGUGGUGCCAAACAUCUCGCCACAAGAGGUUGCACAAAGAAGAAGAAGGUGAAACAAAUUAAGGAAGUAGACACAAAGUCACGUACAGGACAGUUAGCAUUAAAGGUAGAGAAUGCAGAAGAUGGUGAUGACUGCAUUAAAGCUGAUAAUGCGAAGAGAGUAGCCGAUAAACCCUCCUUGAAAAAUCUUCUCACCAGGGUUGAUGAUGAUGGAAAAAGUGGCAGAGAAGAACACAAUCCUUUCAGUCAUGCUAAGCUGAAAUAUCCUGACAUAGGUAAACAAGAUCCAAUGCUACAUCAGAUGGAAGCAAUAACGUGCCCCGCUACAAGAACGAAAGACACCAAAAAAAAAAAAAGACACGGACUGGUCUCCCCCGCGUGGACCUCAGACAUGGCAACACAGCGGAUUUGA